UAAGGUGGAUGUCCAACUUUCUCGAUGCACUUGCUGUACACGAGUACACUUACAGCGUCUUGAAGAGGGCCGAUACAAGCUAGGCUCCCGUAUCUACUACCUGCGUCGAUUUCGCUCCCAUGUGAUGGUCCGUGUCGGCGGCGGUUGGCUUACUCUAAGCGAAUUCCUAGAUCGCUACGAUCCCUGUCGUAAGCGCAAGUUUUUCAACUCCUUGCCUCCAGCUAACUUCACUAAUAUUACCGGCACUACUAAUACCGGUAGUAAUGUAAGGGAUCUAGCUAACAGCGAAAAUGGAGCGAAAUUCAUAGAAUCGAACUACAGCUCGGCACUGUACAGCGCCACCUCCUCAGGUAUUGCUUCUCCCCACCGUACAUCAAUGACUAAUUUAUUUCCUCCGGCUCCUCAUUUAUCAUCAUCGAGUGUGUCAUCCACAGCAUCGAUUUUCCCUUCCGAACUCCCAGCUUCUGGCUCCACCUCGGCUUUGCUAUCACGCCUUCAGCAUACUCAUCCCUUCGGGUCCGGCAUGGGAAUAGCUCAAUCCUGCCAUCUUGCUCCUCAGGCCCCACUUUUACAACGGGCAUCGUUCAGCUCCUCUAGCAACGAGGCUCGUGUAAGGUUGUCUUGA